AUGGGACCCCAAUCCAUUUCUCCUACACCCCCGAGGGAAGAGAAAAGCUCCCUUUGUACCACUAUUUUCAAAUUUGUUCUCCGCCAGUGGCUCCUGAUCGGCUUAAAUAUUGGCUGUGCCCUCGCAUACUACUUUCCAGAGGUGGGCAAGCAUGGUGGCAUCAUUAGAUCGGAAUACACUAUCCUGUAUGGGGCGGUGGCUCUGAUUUUCCUGAUAAGCGGUCUCUCUAUCCCUAGUGACAAACUGCUCCAGCACCUGCUGAAUUUCCGCCUGCAUCUCAAGACUCAGGGUAUCUCGUUUCUGGUAAUCCCGGCCAUAAUGACCGGACUGGUGCGUUUGGUAGACACCACGGACCAUGCGGAAAAGAUUGAUAGGCACGUGUUGGCCGGGUAUAUCAUAUUGGCAUGCCUGCCGACCACCAUUGUGUCUAAUGUGGUGAUGACUCGGGCUGCGGGUGGAGAUGAAGCGGCGGCGUUGGUCGAGGUAUUUAUUGCGAAUAUCAUUGCUCCGUUCAUCGCGCCUGGCUGGGCUGUGACAUUAAUGCCCGAGUCUCGGGCAUUUGGCGUGUGGAAGGAGUCGAAUGGUGAUUUACAAGGGAUAUAUAGGAGUGUGUUUAAGCAGUUAGGGUUGAGUGCUUUCCUGCCGUUGGUGGUUGGCCAACUUAUUCGGUGGAAGUGGGCGGAGAAGACGGUCUGGGUGAUGAAGACUUUUUAUUUGGUGAAGUGGAGCAGUGUAUGCUUGAUUGUCAUUGUUUGGUCCAGCUUCUCGACUAGCUUCGCAACCGGUGCCUUCCAAUCGCUGAGCCACGAAACAGUCGCAUUCAUCACGCUGUUUAACAUAUUAUUUUACACCUGCCUCACUGGUCUCAGCCUGGUAAUCGCAUAUCCCCCUUCCGCGGUCAUUCCACAAGCAAGGCCCGCAACUGCGAAGCCCUCCGUCACAACGGUAAUUAUAUCGAAAAAAGCCAAACUCCAUUCGCUCCUGCAAGCAUUCCUCGCCCGCCUCAUCAAGCGAACCCCGCCGCUCGAAACCAUAGCCAUUUGCUUCUGUGGUCCGGCGAAGUCCGCCGGUUUUGGAAUUCCCAUGGUCUACGCCAUGUACCCCAUGGUAAAUCUGCGUCUUGUCGCUAAGUUAACCGUACCUGUUAUCUUGUAUACGUUGGAGCAGAUCGUCUGUGCUCAUUUCAUGGUAUAUUUCUUUAAAAGGUGGGGGGAAAGGAGUGUGGGGGACUGGAGAGAAAAGGAGAAAAGGGUGCCAGGAGAAGGAGGUGGGCUGGGAGCUGGUUGUGAGAGGGGGGAUUUCAGUGUGAGUACCGGUGCGGGUGGAACGAGUGAGGAUAUGCAAGAAACCCUGCAUGAUUGUGCUGAUGUUAUUGAGAAUGAUGUUGAGCGCGGUGAAAAGGUGGUUGGUAAGUUUACUGAGAUUGGGUAA